AUGACCGGCCGUCUACUCGCCUUCUCCCUGGGCCUGCUCUCGCUCGUUGCGACCCCAGCUACAGCUCAAGAUGCAGUCAGCACCAGCAGUUUUACUCUCACCAAUACCAAAGAUGUCACCUUCCUGUCGGGAACGAAGACAGUCCCGGUAACCCAGGCUAGAACCCCGACCGGACCUUACGAAACCUACACCUCCAAAAUCACGCUCACCGGCGAGAGGCUCACGACCGUCACCGGCUCCGUCACCUUUACUGGAAAUGUCACCGAGACGACUACAAACGCCGAGGGGCAGUCCGUUGUUAUCAUCUCGGGCGCCUCCUCUGUUAUGACGGCCACAAUCAGCGGCAACGCCUCUGAGACUUCUUCAACCGCUCCCACCGCGACGAACACGACACCCUGCAACAACUAUGUCGAAUUCUGCGACAGGAAGUACAGCAAUGUCACCGAGGUCGGCUGCCACAACUCGCCCUUUGUUCGCCCAGGCAACUCUGCUUCCAACCAAGCUCUCGAUGUCACGACUCAGCUGAACGAUGGAGUGCGCUUCUUGCAAGCUCAGAUCCAGUGGCCCACAAACGGUACAGAGCCGCACUUCUGUCAUUCAUCCUGCGAUAUUCUCGAUGUUGGCCCAAUCACCGACUGGCUCACGACUGUCCGCGAAUGGGUUGAUUCUCACCCUUACGACGUCGUCACAAUUCUGCUCGGCAACGGCAACUACUCGAAGCCAGAGUUGUAUGUUCCGUUCAUCGAGGCCUCGGGAAUCACUCGAUACACCUACGAGGCCCCGUUCCUGCCCAUGGCAUACGACGACUGGCCGACGCUUGGUGAGAUGAUUCUCCGCGGCAAGCGCGUCGUCAUGUUCCUCGACUACGUCGCCGAUCAGCAGAAGUAUCCUUGGCUUAUGGAUGAGUUCUCCCAAAUGUGGGAGACCCCGUUCGACCCCAUGGAUCGCUCAUUCCCGUGCACCGUCCAGCGCCCGCCAAACCUGUCGGACCAAGACGCCAAGAACCGCCUGUACCUCAUGAACCACAACCUCAACGCCGAGUACAACAUCUUUGGCGCCUCCAUCCUUGUCCCUGCCGUGUCCCUGCUCAACGAGACCAACAAUGCUACCGGAAAUGGUUCUCUUGGCUUGGCUGGCGCGCAGUGCACGCAAGACUGGGGUCGCCCGCCCAAGAUCUUGAACGUCGACUACUACAACUACGGUGACCCGCCUGGCUCCGUUUUCCAGGUCCAGGCGAAGUUGAACAACGUCACGUAUACCCGUGAGUGCUGCGGCAAGGUCACGGGCGCAUCACCCGGCAGGCCUGCGGUGUCGGGGCUGGUUCUGAUCAUGGCCAUGGCUUGCGCACUCCUGCUGGUGUAG